GGGCUUCUUUGGAGAGAGAGGGCUGAAAGAUCUCCCACAACAAUGAAGCUCGCUCAUCCGAGUGUGGCGAACCGUGCGACCAUGAAGCUGGCCUUACUGCUGUUAUUUAUGUUAUUAACCAACGCUUUCCCAACAGCAGAGGAUACUGAGGAGCUAAACCUGGCUUCAUCAGAUACUCGGUCAACUUUUGUGGCCCUCACUGAAGUCCAGCUUAUCGCUAACGGCCUCCUGCAGCUAGGUAAAAACCUGAGAGACUUUGUGCAAAAGACAACGGGCCAGAUCAGCGACAUAUUGCAAAAGCUCAACAUUUUUGAUAAGUCCUUCAACCAGCUUUCUGUGCUGGCCAGCGAGAUCAAAGAGGAAGAAGAGGAAAUGAAGAAGACCACUGUGCUGCUCAAAGCCAAUAAUGAAGAGAUCAAGAGCCUGUCUCUGGAGAUAAACUCCAAAGUAGAGGACAUCAUGAGGGAGAGAAUCCAGCUGCGGAAUCAGGUUGGAGGACUUGAGGAGAAACUGAGUGGACUUUCUGAAGGUCUUCUCUCAGCAGAUCAGGUUGCAGAAAUUUCAGCACUCAAAGAAGUGAUCCAAGCCCAAGAAAGGAGUAUCUCAGACCUGCUGAAGGCGGUAAAGGACCAAAAUGAGCACUUGAAUGGCCAGAAAAACAAGAUCAAAAGUCUGGAGAAUAAGCUUAACUCUGCCAGCCAUCAGGAAACUUUGUUGAAGUUUAGUUGGGAUGCCGAAACCUACAGCAUGUCAGAUUAUCUGUCCAACUAUUCCAUUGAUGGAAGCUUUUCAAGUGAUUUCCCGAGAGACUGCGGUGAGGUCUUCAGCGGUGGAGAGAAAACCAGUGGCCUGUAUCCCAUUAAGCCUAAUGGAUCCAAACCUUUCCUUGUGUACUGUGAAUUCAUAGAGGAAGGAGUGUUCACGGUUAUUCAGCGCAGACAUGGUGGCUCUAUUGAUUUUAACCAGUCCUGGCAAAGUUACGAGGAUGGAUUCGGAGACUUCAAGAUAGGUGAGUUCUGGCUUGGUCUGAGGAAGAUCUUCUCCAUCACCCAGCAGGGCGGCUCUCUCCUGCACAUUCAGAUGGAGGACUGGAAAAAGGAAAAGCAUUCAAUGGAGUUCCAGUAUGUAUUGGAGGGCCCUGACUCCAACUACACCAUCCACCUCAAGCCAGGAGAUCCGACCCUGGAUAUGGACGUCCCGACAAGACUGAGAUUCUCUACUAAAGACCACAACGAUGGAAAUGGACCCAAAGAACAAAACUGUGCUCAUGAUUAUACAGGAGGCUGGUGGUUCAGCACUUGUGGAGAUGUCAACCUGAAUGGAAAAUGCAUCCAGAGCCAACCUCGCAGGAAAGGAAUCCAAGGGAAGCACAAUAAAGGACAGUCCCACUUAAAAUCCACACAGAUUUCCAUUCGUCACCGUCGGGAAGCAUAGUCGCCUGUAAACCAAAAGAAAUGAUGUGGAAAUGUGCAAAUAUGUGUUCAGCUUUUUUAACCACGUGAAACCUGACUCUGUAAUUGAGCAACAUGUUGUCCAUUAAACAAAAAGUCCAAUGUCUGAUUUA